CCUCAUUCUCCUGAUGGUGUUGGUACACAGCUCUCUCCAGCUGGGGCCUGGCUGGCUGCUGUGAUUAGCUGGUGACUGAUCCACAUUCAGAUCCCAUUGAGACAGACAGACGACAGGGCAGUGUCAGUGUGUGUGCGCUGGGACGAGAGUCAGCAUGAUGCAUCGGUGGGGUCUACUCAUCACUGUGUUCUACUGCCAGCUGUUCCUGGCUGCUGCUCAACACUGGAGGAAAGGUAGGACACCUGAGCACCUCACAGAGCUUCGACUGACUUCAGCCCUUUACCCAUCAGCCUUUAGAGUGAAGCGUGGCACACACUCAUUGGUCAACCCCACCUUCCAGAACUCUGUGGAAGAUGUUAACCUGCUGUUUGAGAUCCUGCUGGCAGGCCUGCAGAUUGAGGGUGAGGACAAGCCCUUCAUGAUCCCAGACAUGGAGCUGGCGUCUCUGAGGUCGGUCCAAAAGCUGGAGGUUAUCUGUGAGGACGUCCUGCCCAAGAGACUAUCCGAGAUCACACGUCUGACCUCCCACCUGUCCCAGCGCAGAGGUGCCCUGAGCAGGGAGGACUUUGAGCGCACAGUGCUGACUAUGGUGUACACUGCCCAGACUCUGGCUCAUACCACCUCCCAACACCAGAAGGCGCUGUGGGGAGACGCCCUGCUGCAGCUGUUCAGGGCCAUACAAGAAGAUCUGAUGCCCCACCCAGGACACCUCAGCACUAGUGUUAUGGACAUGUGGACACAUUAUUUUAGAUAAUAUAAUAUACUGAUUAUUU